UAGAGGAAAAGAGUCCAUCUGGUGUGUUUCAUCUUAAGAGUGGACCUCUUAAGAUCACAGAAGACUGGUGUCUGGAGUUCUGGUACCACAAACCCAAUGAAAAAAGCUCUGAUCUCAAUGUUCUGCUAGUGGAUGGCAUUCUGAAAACGCUGAUUUGGACCUCAGAGGGUUCCGGCGUUGGAGACUGGAGACAAGAGUUCAUCACGAUCACAAAACAAUCUGAUGACAGCAACAUCCAGGUUCUUUUUGAAAUCUCACAAGGCCUGCAUGACGAUGGAAAAACUGCUUUUGACAGAAUGGGAAUACACAAGGGACGAUGCGGUUUACAAUGUCAGCGGGGCACAUUUUGGACUGAUGAAAGCACUCGUUGCACCUGUAAAGACAAUCAACUUGUCUGUUCUCACAUGCCCUGGUCCAACGACACGUUUGGCACCUGCCACGUGGCCUCUAACCCACACUACACGACUUUCGAUGGGGUCAGCUUUCAGUUUGACAGUCCCUGUACGUACAUCUUGUCAAAGGUGUGCGAUGAUUCAGGACUGCUUCCGGAGUUUGCAGUGGAGGUGCAGAAUGAGAAGAAAGAAGAAUCGCACGUGACCUCCAUUCAACAGGUCAAUGUCAACAUAUACGGUCUGAGAGUGUCCAUGAUGAGAGCAGAGAGGAGCAAAGUCAUGGUCAAUGGGAUCUGGAAGCAUCUUCCUUUACUCCUGAAAUCAAACAGAGUAACGGUAAACAAGCAGGGAGAUGCUCUAGUUCUUCAGACAGACUUUAAACUGUCCGUCCUCUACAUGCAGUCAGGAGCCAUUCAGGUGAUCGUCCCCAUGCAGUACUCCAACAGAAUCUGUGGCAUGUGUGGUAACUUCAACCAGGACCCCGAAGACGACAUCAAGAUCCCAAACAGGUCACAGGUUCAGAUGGCUCGGGUUUUAAGGCAGAGUGUCUGUGAGGAGCCCAGUUUGCCCAAAGUCUGUUCAGAAGCAGAGGAGCAGCAGUUCUCCAGCGAGCUUUACUGUGGCAUGAUCACAUCCAGACAUGGGCCCUUCACAACCUGCUCUUCUGUUCUGAAUGCAGACAGUUUCUUCCGCAGCUGCAUGUUUGACAUGUGCACGACUCAUGGAGAUCCUGCUGCCCUCUGCAAUGCCAUCGAGGCCUUCGGUGCCACCUGCAAUAAAGUUGGCUUCUCUGUUCCAGUCUGGAGGAACUCAACGUUCUGUCCGGUGGAGUGCGGUCUUCACAGUCACUAUAAUGCCUGCGCCAGCGGCUGCCCUCAGACCUGCUCCAGCCUAGAUGCCGCAGGGCCUUGUGGGAAUUGUGAAGAGCGCUGCGAGUGUGACGAUGGCUUUAUACUCAGCGGAGGAGAGUGUGUGCUGGAAAAAGACUGUGGAUGCUGGGAUAAUGGACAGCAUUAUUCGAUCAGUGAGACAUUUAUGGAGGGUGAAUGUGAGCAGCAAUGCCAGUGUUUGGGCCAUGAUAAUAUUCAAUGUUCACCAACGUCCUGCACGACUGACGAACUGUGCCUGGUGAAGGAUGGGGUGAAGGGUUGUUUCCCGUCCAGCCCAGUGACCUGCAGAGUCUAUGGAGACCCUCAUUACAUCACCUUCGACGGCAAGGCUUACUCCUUCUGGGGCACCUGUAACUACACCUUAGUGAAGACCUGCGGGCCUACAGACACCCAGUUCACCAUUACCGCACGAAAUGAGGGAAAGCAAAACUCUGCAACCUCCUCUCUAAACUCUGUAGCUCUUCAUAUGGAAGGCCUGCACAUUGUUAUCGGAAAGAACAAGCUGGUUAACGUGAGUUUUUUUACUUGUUUUUGUCAUUCAUUAAGUUUUCAUUUUACUAUCUGACUUGUGUUUUUAAAACAAUUUACACAUUCUUACACAAAAAUAUAAUAAUUCGUUAAAGACAUCAUUAUAGAGGCAU